AAGAUUCUGUCGUCUAUGAACAACUUCAUCCCUCAGAGUGACCAAAAUAUCGCCAGUCAUAAUACAAAAUCCUCCAUUAUUCUUCACUGCCUCAAACUUAUUUUGCCAGGCAUUAAGAGAAUCUCGUUAAAUCAACCCUGUUCUUUCCUUAUUCAGUUGCAGUAUGGCCACUUCGCCGAUUUCCAGGAUGAAGACAGAAAAGAUCUCGAUCUGAGUGAGAAUUCCACUAUAUUCAGAGAUGCGAUGCAAGUUACACCUGACCUUAACGGAGACAUUACAAAUACACCUGGAAGGGCCUACUAUGGAAAGAAGUUCAGGCUCUGGAGCAAAAAGAAAGGAAUAGCAUCUUUCAAUUCUACUUUUGUGAUUAAUAUCAGUAACAAAGACUCACCAGAAGUUGGGGAAGGUUUGGCUUUUGUACUAACUGCAGAUAAGAGUGUUCCGGGGAAUAGCUAUGGGCAAUGGCUCGGGAUGGUCAACGCAAGCACAAAUGGAACCUCUCAAGCCAGGAUAGUCGGCGUGGAGUUUGACACAAGGAAGAGCUAUGAGGAAGAUCUUGAUGAUAAUCACGUAGGCUUGGAUAUCAAUAGUUGUUACUCAAUUUUACAAGAGUCGUUGAGUAGCUAUAAUAUUAACCUUUCAGUAGGUGUUGAUGUGCGGGUAGUUGUUCAAUAUGAUGGCAAAAACUUGACUGUUUUUAUUUCCGAAGGAAAUGAAACGGUGAACGCAACGAGUCCUGCAUUUUCAGUGCCUCUUGACCUCUCAGCAUAUCUUCCGGAAAGUGUUUAUGUGGGAUUCUCAGCUUCGACUGGCAAUUUCACACAACUGAAUUGUGUAAGAGCUUGGGAAUUCCAGGGUUUAGAUGUUGAUGAGGAUUCAAAUUUGUUGUGGGUUUGGAUUGCUGUUCCAGUUAUUUCUCUGGCUUUAAUCAGUGGGCUUGCUUUUUACAUGUACUGGAGUGGGAGAUUCAAAAAGGAUGAUCUGGAAGGGGCAUACCCAAAUAUAGAAGAUCAUAUUAAGAGCUCCACUGCGCCGAGAAGGUUCCGGUUGAAAGAACUAAAAAGAGCAACGGGCAAUUUUAAUCACAAGAACAAGCUUGGAAAAGGUGGAUUCGGGACAGUCUAUAAGGGAAUUUGGAAAGAAAAGGAGGUAGCUGUCAAAAGAGUCUCCAAAAAAUCAAACCAAGGAAGUCAAGAGUUCAUAGCCGAGGUCACAACAAUCGGAAACCUCAACCACAAAAAUCUUGUGAAGCUGAUCGGAUGGUGCUACGAAAACCGUGAGCUCCUUCUUGUUUAUGAAUACAUGCCAAAUGGAAGCCUCGAUAAAUUCAUAUUCUAUGAUGAGAAAGCAGGCAUAGAGGAAUCAAACCAACCAACACUCAGCUGGGAAACUAGGCUCAUCAUAAUAAAAGGAGUCGCAGAGGCACUAGACUAUCUUCAUAAUGGCUGUGAGAAGAGAGUGCUUCACCGGGACAUAAAAUCUAGCAACAUAAUGCUGGAUUCAGAGUUCAAUGCUAGGUUGGGGGAUUUCGGAUUGGCAAGAACCAUUCAGCAAAGAGAAAAGACACACCACUCAACAAUAGAAAUUGCAGGCACACCAGGUUACAUGGCCCCGGAAACUUUUCUUAUUAGCAGGGCGACAGUCGAGACCGAUGUUUAUUCAUACGGUGUUCUUCUCCUGGAAGUUGUCUGUGGAAGAAAGCCUGGUAAUCAAAGUGAGCUGAAUAAUUAUAACAAUAGCAUUGUGAAUUGGCUAUGGGAAUUUUACAGGAGAGGAAGGAUUACUGAUGCGGUGGAUUCCAAGUUGGAUGGAGACUUUGUGGACAAAGAAGUGGAGUCUGCACUUAUCUUGGGUUUAGCCUGUUGCCAUCCGAACCCACAUUACAGGCCUUCUAUGAGAACUGUUUUGGCGGUUCUUACAGGGGAAGCGGAUCCACCUCAGGUUCCACAUGAAAGGCCUUCAUUUGUAUGGCCAGCAAUGCCCCCAGUUUUCAGCCAGUCAGAUUACUCUCUCACAGGAAGCCAGUUCAGUACAAUUUCUGAUCUCAGCGGGAGAUGAACCAUGUGAGCUGAAGAUCAGUUUGAUUCUUUUCUGCAUUGCUGCUCAACUACAAUUCUACAACUCGUCUUUUUGUCGAUGGAGUAAUUCGUGUCUAUAUCUGAUUAAAUGUUAAAUUAGUGAAAAAUAUGUCUCCUUGUAUUGAUUUUCUUAAAUGAUGAAAACCAAGUGUAAUUUGUGUUACCAA